AUUCAAAUCAAUUGAGCCGAACCAGAACCACAUUUGGUAAUUUAUUUUAGUUUGAUAUUUUCAUGCUAGAAGUGUUGCCACUGCUUGUUGUUCUGGUUCAAGAAGGAAAAAGCAGGAGGAGACGCACAGCAUGGCCGAGUCCGUAGUGUCCUUUGUUGUGGAAAGGCUAGGCAACCUUCUAAUUGAAGAAGCAGCGUUUUUACAAGGAGUGAACCAGCAAGUAAAUCAGAUUCAAAUCGAACUAAAGCGGAUGCAGUGCUUCUUAAAAGACGCAGACAAAAGGCAAAACGAUGAUGAAAGUGUUCAAAAUUGGGUUUCAGAGAUUCGGGAAGCUGCCUACGACGUUCAGGAUGUCAUUGAAACUUUCGCCCUUGAGAUCGCUUCAAAGAACAGAGACAACAACCCAGUCAAGAGAUAUGUUCCUAGCUUCAACAACAGUAGAAAGCUUCACAAAGUGGGGUCCAAGAUUGAGUCCAUUAAAACAAAAAUUUCCGAUCUCACUAGAAGCUUACAAACUUAUGGUGUGACUCCCAUGAAAGAAGAGGGUUCGAGUUUAUCUUUGGACAGGCAAAGGCAAUUGAGAUGGUCAUAUUCCCAUAUUGUUGAAGAGUAUAUUGUGGGAUUGGAUGAAAAUAUAAAAGAAGUUGUUGGUCAGUUGGUGAAUGAAGAUAAACAGUGUCAAGUUGUGUCUAUUUGUGGGAUGGGUGGUCUAGGAAAGACCACUCUUGCUAAGAAAGUUUACCAUCACAGUGAUGUUAGGCGUCAUUUUGAUGGUUUCGCUUGGGCUUAUAUAUCCCAGCAAUGCAAAACAAGGGAUGUUUGGGAAGGAAUAUUAAUCAAACUUACCUCUCCAACCAAAGAUGAGAGGGAUCAAAUUUCGAAAAUGAGAGAUGAAGAGGUGGCAAAGAAGCUUAAUCAAGUUCAGAAAGAGAAGAGAUGUUUGGUGAUCCUAGAUGAUAUUUGGAGCACAGAGGCAUGGGAUUUACUUAGUCCUGGCUUCCCAUCAGGACAGGUAAUUAGUAGCAAAAUUCUACUAACAACUCGCAAUCGAGAAGUAGCCUUGCAUAUAGAUCCAAGUGGUUUUCUACAUGAACUGGGGUGUUUAAACGAAGAACAGAGCUGGGAGCUGUUUCAAAAGAAGGCAUUUCAGAGACAAGAUCCAGAAUUCAGAAUUUCCAAAGACAUGGAGAAUAUAGGGAGGGAAAUGGUGGCAAGGUGUGCUGGUUUACCACUGGCAAUUAUUGUGCUUGGAGGACUUUUGGCAACAAAAGAAACAUUGGAUGAAUGGGAUAUUGUGCAUCGAAAUAUAAAGUCACACUUAGGUAGAGGCCGUGGUCAACAAUCAAAAGUUUACGAGGUGUUGGCUUUGAGUUACUUUGAAUUGCCUUACCAAUUGAAACCAUGCUUCCUCUAUCUGAGCCAUUUCCCAGAGGACUUCGAUAUACCAGCAAAGAAAUUGGUUCGACUAUGGGUGGCAGAAGGCUUUGUGCCUCUGAAGUAUGAACAAGAGGGAGAUGAAAAGUUGGAAGAUUAUGCAGAACGCUACUUGGUUGAGUUGAUAAAUAGAUGCAUGGUUCAAGUGGGUGUAAUUGGGUCAAAUGGAAGGAUUAAAUCUUGCCGUCUCCAUGAUCUUAUGCGAGACCUAUGCUUGUCAAACGCAAAGCAGGAAAAUUUCCUCCACAUACUAAGUCCUUGGAGUAGAAAUGAGACAGUUGAUUCAUCAACCGGUAGUAUUCGAAGGCUUGCCAUCUUUUCUGAUGUUCCCACAAAUAAUUAUUUCAAAGAGAAUCCCCAGAUUAGGUCCCUUAUAUACUUCAAUGAUAUUAGCGAGCAAGUCAAAUCAGUUUUUAAGUACUCAAAAUUGCUUAGAGUUUUGGAUCUGGAAGGAAUCCAGUCAUUGGAUGGACAGUUACCAGAGCAAAUAGGAAGCUUGAUUCAUUUGAGGUUCUUAAGCUUGAAGAAAACUCAUAUACGAGAAUUGCCUUCCUCCAUAGUCAAUUUGGUGUGUUUAGAGACCCUAAAUUUAGAAACCAUUGAAGAACUGAGUUGGGAAUCAACUGUACUAAUACCGACAGUGAUAUGGAAGAUGAAAAAGUUGAGACAUCUAUAUCUUCCAAAGUGGUGUAACUAUUUAACUGAUGAUAAGCUGCAACUAGCAAAACUGAGCAACUUGCAGACGCUAGUGAACUUUCCCACAAACAAAUGUGAUGUAAGAGAUCUUCUCAGUUUGACCAAUCUUAAAAAAUUGGUGCUAAAUGACCCGAGAGAUUUCCAAGAGUUUGGGGAAAUCUUCAAUCCUCCUAAUAAAAAAUUAAGCAACCUUCGGUCCUUGUCCAUGAAGACUGAAAUGCUUUCAUUCCCUGAUAAGGUAGUAGACAUAGAGCAAGUAGUACAAGGCUGUCCUCGUCUUCACAAGCUGCACAUAGAAGGGCGGAUUAACAAACUACCAAAUCACCAGGAAUUUCCUCCAUACCUUGCCAAGUUAACUUUGUGGGGAUCUAGACUUGUGGAAGAUCCAAUGCCAAUACUCGAGAAGCUACCUUACUUGAGGGUCUUAAGAGGAUGGGAAGCCUUCAUUGGAAGGCAAAUGGUUUGUUCUGAAAAAGGGUUUCCUCAACUCAAAUCUUUACUGCUACGGGGCUUGCCUAAUUUACAAGAGUGGAUAGUGGAUGCAGGUGCCAUGCCAAGUCUUUUCCGUUUAGAGAUUACAGAUUGCAACAAGUUGGAGACGGUUCCAGAUGGAUUGAAGUUUGUCAGCGCACUUCAGGAACUGGAGAUUCGAUGGAUGCCAAGAGCAUUCAAACAUAGGCUUGAAGAAGGAGGAGAGGAUUUCUACAAAGUCCAGCACGUGCCUUCCAUUACUUUUCUGAAUUGAGCUUUGAAUACAAGGGUGAUCAUUUGGUAAAACGCA